UUCAAAAAGCCUUAACCUCCCUGCAAUUUAAUGGUAAUCAAUUUAAUUUUGAAGUAGAGGAAAUAUUAAAAGAAAUAAUUCAAAAAAGAGACAGUUUGCUGGAUACAGAAUCAGAUUCUGGUAAUGAUACACUUUACUAUGAUUUACAUAAGUUAUGA